AUGACUAGGCGAGACCCUCUUCUUAGUGAACUUCAAGAUAAAGCUGCCGCAAAGAAAGAGAGAAUGCAAAAAAUCAGUGCUCAAACUCAUGGAAAAGAUGGCAAUUGCGGAUACAGAGUACUGGCUGUGUGUUUAGGAAGGAAUGGAAACGAGUGGCCGGAGAAAAUUUAUAACGAUGGACUGGUUUGUGGGUCACGUGAUUGUGGGACAGAAAGACUAUUGUGGUUCUGA